AGGAAGUUCUUACAAUAUGCACGUUGGCGUGUGAAUAUCCAUCGUUAUUAGCAGACAACACGCGAGUAUGUCAUGGCCUCGUCGGAAGACGAAGAUUUGGAGUUUAGAAUUAACAGCGAAUUCGCUGAAAAGUAUGAUUCUUGGAGAAGGAAAGAAGAACUUCAAAAACUGAAAGACCGGUAUGGAGAUGACGGUGCAGAUCUUACUUCAAGCUCAUCAGAGUCUGAAGAUGAAGAUGCUGAGGCCUUAACGCCUCAAUUGGAAAAGGAUUUUCUGAAGACACUCUCUUUCGUCAAGAGCCACGAUCCAAAGAUUUACAAGAAAGAUGCAACCUUCUACCAUUAUGAAGACGAUGCAGCACAACCACAGAAGAAAAAAGUCAAAAAAGAAAAGCCUAUGUAUUUAAAAGAUUUAGAACGCAAGCUGAUAAUAGAGAAGACUGGUGAAUUGAGUGAUGAAGAUGAGGAGAAUGAAGAGGAUAAUAGAAGGCCCUGGUCACCUACUUAUGUUGAGGAACAGCAGAUACUUAAAGACAGCUUUAAAACAGCACUUGAAGACACUGACAAUGAGGAGGAUGGAAUCAUACUUAAAAAGAAACACAAAUCAAUCAAAGACCAGGCAGAGGAAGAAGCUGAUUAUAUUAGUUGGUUAAAAGGUCAGACGGAUAGAACAGUGGACCCUAUCCAAGAAAUGAGUGCACUGAAGCAGUACUGGAACGAUCCAAAUUUAGAUGAAGGUGAACAAUUCCUACGAGAUUACAUUCUCAAUAAAGGCUACGUAGAUAAAGACACUGAAGACAAUUUGCCCAGCUUCCAUGAGAUUGCUGAGGAUGAAGUGGAGUUCUCAGAGGAGGAGAGAUUACUUGAGGAGCAAGAUGAUUUUGAGCGAAAGUACAAUUUUAGAUUUGAGGAACCAGAUUCUGACUUUAUCAAACGUUACCCAAGAACAGUAGGGGAAUCAGUGAGAAGAAAAGAUAAAAAGAGAGCAGAUAAGAGACAGGAAAUCAAGACAAGAAAAGAAGAGAAAAAACAAAAAAUGAAAGAAGACUUGAAACAACUGAAGAACUUAAAGAAGAAGGAGAUUAUAGAUAGACUUGAGAAGCUGAAGCAAGUGACAGGAAAAUUACCUGUUGAUUUUGAAAACGAGGAUUUGGAAGGGGAUUUUGAUCCUGAUGAACAUGAUAAACUGAUGCAGAGAAUAUUUGAUGAUGGAUAUGAAGAAUGCUGUGAAGAUGAAACCAAACCUGAAUUCAAUGAUGAAGAAUUAGAUUUGGAAAAUUGGGAUGAAUGGAACGGUGAGAAUGUUGAUGAAUAUGGUGGCGAAGAAGAUGAAGAAGCCACGCAUUGUGAAGAUCCGUCAUUUAAUAUGGAUGCCGAUUAUGUCCCUCCGUCAAGGACGGACUUUAGUGAAGAGAUGGCAGAGAUCACGGGUAAGAAGAAGAGACGACGAGCUUCAAAGUUUGCGCAGGCUGUUGGUCGCAAGAAGCCAGUGUUCAACCCAGAUGAAGGUGCUUUUGAUGCCUACAUAGAUGAAUACUAUAAGAUGGACUAUGAAGAUGUCAUUGGAGAUAUACCGUGUCGCUUUAAGUACCGAAAUGUAGUUGCCAAUGACUUUGGCUUGACAACAGAAAGUAUCCUGAAUGCACGUGAGAAGGAACUGAACCAGUGGGCGUCACUGAAGAAGACCUGUCAAUACAGGUCAGAAGAAGAAGAAUUAAGAGAUGUGAAAGCUUACAAUGCUAAAGCAAAGUAUUCAGACAAGAUGAAGAAAAUAUUUACAAGUUUGUAUUCAGAAAAAACUGGAGAGCUUGAAGAAGAAAAACCUCAAAGGUGCAAAGCGUCAAAUCCAAUUGAACCAAAACAGCAAGUUAAAACAUUAAAUUUGUUGCCGAAAAUAGCUACUUCGGAAGAUACUGAGAAAUUUCACAGAAAAGAAAUAAUCAAAACAGAGCAUAAAAUUAUGAAAACUAAAAAACCCCCAAAAGAAAAAGAGACAAUCAUGAAUACACCUAAAACGGAAAAUAUUGUAAAAGAAUCUGCUAUUCGUGCAGCUGAAUUAAAAGAAAGAAACAAUUUCAGUGAUAGUGUUUCUAAAAAGAGCAAAAAAGCUAUAGAAACCAAAUUGAAGAAGCGAAAAAGUAUGUCCAAAUCACAACCAGAAGUUCGAAAUUUUGGUCAAAUUUCUGGAAGAAAAUUUAAAAAGGGGUUCAGGAAUAGAACCUCAAAAGUGCCAGAGAGGAAUAUCUUACGAGGAAGAAAUGCAGGAUCAGUAGGGAAAAGGAAGAUUGGUAAUUCAGGAAUUGAGGUUUCAGAUGCACGUCUUAAGGCAUAUGGAAUAGAUCCAAAGAAAUACAUCUACAGAAUGAAAUUCUUGGCAAAACUGAAAUCCAGAAAAGAAAAAUUGCAAAAGAAGUCAAAAUCAUAACUUGUAUGCAAACAUCUUCAUCAGCAAUAGAUACAGAAGAGUUGUUGCAAUCAAUACAUCCCUCAAUCCUACUUUGGUAUUGUUUAGAUAGGUAAAGCAUUCACCAUGAGCAUUAACUGUGUCGUCGCUAUGAAGUACAGCAUUAGCUUGGUGGUUAAGGCGCUUGCCUUCCAAUCUCAGGAUCUAGGGUUCAAAUCCUGUCAAGCAUCAGUAUUUUCCUUACAACCAAGAACAACUGCACUCUUUAAGCCUAAUGGAAAGAAAUACAACCUUUGACCCACGUCCCUACACUAUUUACAAAAACAAAUAAAUGGUAUUGCUUGAUUUUACUUACACAUAUUUAUAUAUUCAUAUUUUAUAUGUAAAUAUUGCUUAGUGAAAAACAGGUUGUGUCUUGUUUAAUCACAUUUAAACAAUUUUAAUUAAUUUAGAAAACACUACAUAUUUGAAAAAAUAAAUCUGACCUUGAGCAGAAGUUGUCCCAUCUACAGAUAUUAUCAGAAUGUGUUGUUGAUUUUCUCACAACAUUUUUAAUAACAAUUGCGAUGAAUUUUAAACAGCCCUGUAAAUUGUGUGCUGAUUGGUAUAAUAGAAGUACAAUAUAAAACAAAUUGGCACAUACAGUA